UAAAUACAACGGCGAAGCCUGCUACCCAACAUCAACAGCUCAUUCCUGUCCUGGAGGGCUACUCCGCUGCAGGUUUAGGUUUACAGAAAUAACGAACUACCUAGACCCGUGGGGAUGCUUUUAAUUGACCAACUCAGCAAAACAAAAGACAUGACUACCAAUGAGAAAAAAAGACCGCACUGGUUCAUUCGGAGUUUGGGUCCAACCUUCACCUCCUGUAUGCUGAUGGGACUGAGUGCCUUGUACUUCACCUUCCCGUGUGUCUGGUUGACAAUGAACGUCUCUGUGGCUUUUCCAAUAUGCUCCGGAGUCCUAUUUGUUGCCUCUUUCAUUAAUUUCCUCGUGACGAGCUUCAUGGACCCUGGGAUUCUCCAUCAAGGCACUCCAGUUCCAGGUCCGCUGGAGGUGAAUGAGCUGAUAGUGAACGGACUGGAGUGUGACGUGAGGUGGUGUGUGAAGUGUGAGUUCUACAGGCCCCCUCGGAGCAGGCACUGUCGCCGUUGUGACAUCUGUGUGGAGGAAUUUGAUCACCACUGUGCUUGGAUGAACAACUGUGUGGGUCGGCGAAACUAUCGCUUUUUCUUCUUUUUUGUGGUGUUUCUCAUCCUCUACAAGCUAGUGGUGCUGGGAUCCUCUACCACCUACCUGGUGCUGACCUGGUCCCAGCCCUUCACCCUCCAGAAGACUUGCACUAUCAUCCUGAUUGUACCCACCCUGCUUUUCCUGAUUCAGGUUCUGCCUUUGCUUGGGUUUCACAUCAAGUUUAUCACAGAGGCUGCGCACACCUACGAUGGGGACUUUUUUGAUGAUGAGGAAGGGAACCCAUUUGAUGAGGGCUGCAAGAGGAAUUGGCUUUUCACGUUCUGUACCCCAGUGGGACCAAGAUACAUGAAGUCCUCAAAGACUGAGAAAAUGAAAAGAAGAGCAAAAGAAGUAUUUGAGCCUGUUCCUUUGGAGGAGGCGAGAACUCCCAAUUAUGCCUCACGUCAUGCCAAUAUCAACAACAAGGAGGUGCUGGGGAGGUUACUGGAUGCCAAGAACAACCAGCCACGCUCCAUCUUCCAGAGACUGUGCUGCUCCAGGAAGUCAGGCUCAAACAGUUGUGAAGUAGAGAAAGAGCCCGAGAGCAAGGACCCACAAAGAGUCGAGAUUCCUGAUAUUUUUGCAGCAGGAGACUCUGAGUUGAGCGCAGAGGGUUUGCAGGGAUACGAUGCAAACAGCCAGCAACCUGUUAGUUCCUCCAGCAUUACCUUAUAUGAAACAAGUGUUUAAACAUCGAGAUUCAAUGAGAGACCUCUGCAACGAGCUGGCGGUUACUGAAAAGAUUCCGUUUCUUUUCCGUUUACAAUGGAGAUAUGUGCCACACUGACCUCUCCAGCAGUCUCAGGUUAAUAUUAAUAAAUGAUACAUUAUUACCUGGUUCACCUUUUGUGACUUAAUUUUAAAAAAUCUUUGUAAAUGUAUUUUUGUUUUUUCAAAUUUUCAUUUUUUUGUGGAGAAAAUGUUUGCUACCUUUAUAUAAUAUAUAUUGCCAUAAUGGAA